UAUUUAUUAGCACGUCUUGCCGGGCGUGGCAUGCUCUUCCCUGCCGGAAGGGAGGAGGCAAUAGCCGUAGUGUGCUCCGGGGCUGCUGGAUGCUCCAUGAUGGAUGAGGGAUGACAGAUCGGGGUUAGCCGCCAGGGGAGUCCAUUUUCCUGCAGCGUACGGUCCUCACGCCGGACAGAAAGCGAAGGAAGGAAGAUAAGGAGAGAGCAUCAGCCGUCCCCUCUCUCUUUUCCUGGUUUUUCACUCUCCCUCCACUCCAGUGCACCGCAGUCUAGCGGGCUUUACACACUGACUGCACCGCUUUGACGCUGCUGCUGCCGACCCAGCCCAGUGAACUAAAGCACGGAGAGGAGCACAGCUGGAAAUUAAAUGCUGCAAAGCGUGUGGUUGGAAAUGCAUCUUUUUGCAAUGCGUGUUUUCUCCUUUCUUGGUGUCCGAUAAUCCCAAGACCUUGAAAGCUGACGGAGAAGAAAACUGGCUUUGGGGAUAUUUUGCAGCGCGGUUUGCAGAUGCAGCUCAUCAUGAGGAUGAAAUAGAGCUGCACUCGGUGAUAUAACUCCUGGAUCAUGCAGGUUCUGCAGGCUUGGACGUUAGUUAUAAUACUCGCCCAUGCACAUGUUUUGUUAUCCCUGAAAAAUAAUAAUGCAGAAGUUGGGAGCAAAGACGACAGCAUCAGCAGCGGCUACUCUAGCAGGACUUUCCACGGUCCGCCCCGGGAAAGCCGUCAAAACAAAGCCCGAGACCGCGCGCUCUUACCCGGAUACGCCACAGGUGCGAGCCUUAACUCCACUCGGCCGUGGAAGAGGGCGACAGAGGGGGGAAGAAGGCGAGCCGGACACGGCAAACGCGACUUCAAUAGGAGCGUGACACCCGUGGAGGAUCCCGGCGGGUUGUCCCACUGGGACGCGACGCGCCAUCAUAAUAAGAGGAUAAAGUUGAAUGGUAGCGCGGGGACGCCGGCAGGUGGACACUACAAUGCGGCUAAGCCUCUUUCAAUGGUUCGGGAAGAUGGAGGAGGGGUGCUGGAGGAGGGGGACAAGCACCAAAGAGGCUCAAAGACGGGGAAGAGGUGGAGGAACAAACACAACAGAAGCGCUGUGGGUAUGUCACCGUGGGAACCCGUCCCCAAACCGGUGGCUCUUACGUCCACCGACCUCCCGCUUGACCUCUUCACCAGGAGGCCCGAGUUUUUCACCUUCAGGGAGGAUAACCCGUGGGAUGCCACCCCGAUCACCCCUCCUGGCUCGCCGGAUUUUGGAGACGAGAUCAAGAACCCGUUCUACCCCGUGACGAGCGAAACGUAUGGCGCCUAUGCAAUCACAUGCGUGUCAGGCGUAAUUUUCCUGGUUGGCAUAGCGGGCAACAUCGCCAUCCUAUGCAUCGUGUGCCAGAACUACUACAUGAAGAGCAUCUCCAACUCUCUGCUGGCCAAUCUGGCCGUGUGGGAUUUUGUGCUUAUCUUCUUCUGCCUCCCCAUGGUGGUUUUCCAUGAGCUCACAAAGUCAUGCCUGUUGGGGGAGUUUACCUGCAAAGUGGUGCCCUAUGUGGAGGUUGCCUCCUUGGGCGUGACUACCUUCACCCUGUGUGCACUCUGCAUUGAUCGCUUCCGUGCAGCCACCAAUGUCCAGAUGUACUACGAGAUGAUCGAGAACUGCACCUCUACAACAGCCAAGCUGGCAGUCAUCUGGAUCGGUGCCCUCCUCUUGGCCCUACCAGAGCUCCUUAUUCGACAGCUCGUGGCAGAGGACACUGGACUUCCGGAUGAGCCCCCAGUUGAACGCUGUAUUAUUAGGAUAUCCACAUCCCUUCCUGAUAUGCUGUAUGUGCUUGGUCUGACCUAUGAGGGUGCUCGGCUGUGGUGGUGCUUUGGCUGUUACUUCUGCCUCCCGACCCUCUUCACCAUUGGGUGCUCGCUGGUGACAGCACGCAAGAUCAGGCAUGCAGAGCAGGCCAGUGUUCGCAGCAAUAAGAAGCAGAUCAAGUUGGAGAGCCAAAUGAACUGCACUGUCGUGGCUCUGGCAAUCGUAUAUGGUGCAUGUGUGGUGCCCGAGAACAUAUGCAACAUAGUAUCUGCAUACAUGGCAGCAGGUGUUCCAGAGCACACCAUGUCCAUCUUGCAUCUUCUCUCCCAGCUGCUGUUGUUCUGUCGGGCUGCUGUGACACCGGCGCUGCUGCUUCUGCUGUGUCGUCCAUUAGGGAGGGCGUUCCUUGACUGCUGUUGUUGCUGCUGCUGUAACCACGUACCCUCCUCGGCCACAGCUAGUGAUGAUAACGAGCAUGAGUGCACUACUGAACUGGAGCUGUCGCCAUUCAGCACUAUCCGCAGGGAAUUGAGUAACUACACCCCUGCUGGCUCCAACUGCUGAGCUGAUAGCCCCGAUCAGGCAGGGCAAUUUUCCGGGCCUGUUCAUGACUUGUGUUUCUUGUGCUUGGCUAAGAGAGAUUUGCCUUAUCUAGUCUCCUCGCAUUUUGUACAUGAGUACAAAAAUGAGGUUGGACACCAAAAAUAAAAUUCACCUUUAGCCAAUGGCUCUAGAAGGUUCCACUUUGUAAAAGUCUAACCCUUCUUUUCCAAAAACAGCUAACAAAAACAAACUCUUUUUUUACACUCAUGGCCUUGGGUGAUAUUCAAACAUAUACAUUACAUACUUUUAGCGACCCUGCCUGAAACCUUUAAGACACACAAAGCUCCCAUCUGUAGGGCAUAUAUACCCUAGUGUAAGGAGCCGUUGACAUGGUCCUUUAACCUUUCUGAUUCAUGGUUUAUUAAACAGACUGACUGGCACCCUUAGAAAAGAUGUAAUAACUCUUAUUGCAUCGAAACUCUCAAACCCAGUUCUCUAACAAAGAUUUUUGGAGAUUUUUUAACCUUUUGUUGCUUUUCUUGAAUUGUAUGUUCUCUUGUCUUUCCCAUUUUGAAAAGUGGCUAGGAGAAAUUGGCAUGUGUGUUAUAUCAUUCACUAGUGAUCAAUCUCCUAAAAAGGGAAAACACAGUACAAGAAAUCACACUUAGUACUUCAAAAUCCAAAGAAAAGAAAUAGGAGCAAGAAACUAAAUAAUCGGAGUAGGCAAAUUGUUAAAAAAAAAAAGUAUUUAAACCUUAAGACCUUAAAACCUUAAAAGGUUAAAAUCUGUACAUAAAUCUGGCUUUCACAUCAUUCCAUCCCAUGCAUUCAUAUUGUCAUAACAUGAUAGCAAAGGCAAAAAGGCUUUCUUUCUGUCUUUUAACAUGUGAGGAUUGAUGAAAUCCAUAAGCAAGGUUCUACUGCUAUCAUCUGCUGAGGUCGGACACAGUGAAAUAGUCACUUUAAAUUACUAAAAAACCCUUAGGGACAAAUAAGUCAAAUGAACCCAAAACAGUUUCACUGGUGCCAAGAUGGAGGAUCCAACAGGCUGAUCCACAACUAAGAUUAAGGUCUUACUGAUGCUGACUGCAACCACAAUACAUUGCUCAAAAAAAUAAAGGGAACACUCAAAUAACACAUCCUAGAUCUGAAUAAAUGAAAUAUUCUCAUUGAAUAUGUUGUUCUGUACAAAGUUGAAUGUGCUGGCAACAAAAUCACACAA